CGGGGCGGGGCCUGGCGGCGCCCGGGGUCCCCUCCCCCGCCCCCCUGACGUCAGCCCCCGACAGCCGCGAGCUCCUCACUUGGCUCUCUCCCUCCGUCGGGGAAGCAUGGGGCUGCCCAGGCUGGUCUGCGCCUUCUUCCUUGCAGCCUGCUGCUGCUGUCGCCGCGUCACGGGUGUGCCAGGAGAGGACAAACAGCCUACACCUACACCAGACGUGGUGGAAGUGGAAGUGGGCCACACAGCCUACCUGAAGUGUGGCCCACCGCAGCAUUCCUCAGUCAACUUCAGCCACGUGGACUGGUUUUUGAUUCACAAGGAGAGGCAGAUACCCAUUUUCCGUGUGCGCCAGGGCCGGGGCCAGAAUGAACCUGGGGAAUACGAGCACCGCCUUAGCCUGGAGGGCCCAGGAGAUGCUCUGUCUCUGAGUCAAGUCACUCCCCAUGAUGAGCGUGUAUUCCUCUGCAAGAGCAAGCGGCCAAGGCUCCAGGAUCACUACAUUGAGCUCCAAGUCUACAAAGCUCCAGAAGAGCCAACCAUCCAGGCCAAUGCCGUGGGCAUCCACGUGGACAGACAAGAGCUUGGGGAGGUUGCUACCUGUGUGGGGAGGAAUGGGUACCCCAUUCCUCAAGUCAUCUGGUACAAGAAUGGUCGGCCCCUGCAGGAGGAGGAGAACCGUGUCCAAAUUCAGUCGUCACAGAUUGUGGAGUCCAGUGGUUUGUACACCUUGCAGAGUGUUCUGAAGGCACAGCUAGUUAAGGAGGACAAAGACGCCCAAUUUUACUGUGAACUCAACUACCGGCUGCCCAGUGGGAACCACAUGAAGGAAUCUAAGGAGGUCACUGUUCCUGUUUUCUACCCUGCAGAAAAGGUGUGGGUGGAAGUAGAGCCCGAGGGACUGCUGAAGGAAGGGGACCAUGUGAAAAUCAGGUGUCUGACGGACGGCAACCCUCAGCCCGACUUCACUAUCAACAAGCAGAACCCCAACACUGGGGAGAUCGAGGAGGAGACCACCGAUGAAAACGGUAUCCUGGUCUUGGAACCUGCGCAGAGGCAACACAGCGGGCUCUACCAGUGUCAGAGCCUGGACUUGGAAACUAUGAUCACCCUGUCAAGUGACUCCCAGGAGCUGCUAGUGAACUAUGUGUCUGAUAUUCGAGUGAAUCCAGCUGCCCCUGAAGCCCAGGAAGGCGACAGCCUCACACUGACCUGUGAGGCAGAGAGUAACCAGGACCUUGAGUUCGAGUGGCUGAGAGACAAGACAGGCCAGCUGCUGGGCAAGGGGCCUGACCUCCAGCUAAACAACGUGAAACGGGAAGCAGGGGGACAAUAUCUCUGCAUGGCAUCUGUUCCUAGUGUUCCUGGCUUGAAUCGCACACAGCUGGUCAGCGUGGGCAUUUUUGGGUCCCCGUGGAUGGCAUUAAAGGAGAAGAAGGUGUGGGUGCAGGAGAACGCAGUGCUGAACCUGUCUUGUGAGGCUUCAGGACAUCCUCGGCCCACCAUCUCCUGGAAUGUCAACGCCUCGGCAACGGAAUGGAACCCAGAUCCACAGACAGCUGUGAGCACCCUCAAUGUCCUUGUGACCCCAGAGCUGCUGGAGACAGGUGCAGAAUGUACAGCCUCCAACUCCGAGGGCUCAAACACCACCACCAUCAUCCUCAAGCUGGUCACUUUAACCACCCUCACACCCGACUUCCGCCAGACCACUGGCCUCGGCACCUCCACAGUCAGUCCUCAUACCAGAGCCAACAGCACCUCCACAGAGAAAAAGCUGCCACAGCCGGAGAGCAAAGGUGUGGUCAUUGUGGCUGUGAUCGUGUGUAUCUUGGUCCUUGCUGUACUGGGUGCUACCCUCUAUUUCUUCUACAAGAAGGGCAAACUGCCGUGUGGACGCUCAGGAAAACAAGAGAUCACGCUACCCCCGACUCGUAAGAGUGAAUUUGUAGUUGAAGUUAAGUCAGAUAAGCUCCCAGAAGAGAUGGCUCUCCUACAGGGCAGCACCGGUGACAAGAGGGCUCCAGGAGACCAGGGAGAGAAAUACAUCGAUCUGAGGCAUUAGCUGACUCACCAAUGUUUCCGGCUCCCUGCUCAGUCUUCACCCCAAGCUAAAGGGACAGCAGGGAAGACUCCCACUCAGGUCCAGAGGGCCAAGAACUGGGACAAGCGCCAUUUGGAGGAUCUCAUUUGGCCAUGGAGGCCUGGCUUUAGAGACCAAGUCCUCCUUUGUGUCCACUGAGUAAUGCUUAUCCCAAGUGACUGGGAGCCUCAGUCUCCCAGAAAUGGGAAGGGUUUUGUCCCCUCCUCCCCUUUUCCCAAAUGGAUUUUUUCUGUACACAGCCAAAGGCUGCAUAUCCAUCUUCUGCCAUCAGCUGCCCCUCUGAGCAGGUGUUCUCCCCUCACAGGCUGUAUCACAUGAUGUGGGACCUGGACAUGUGGUCACAUACACUGUUCACACGCUCCUCGAGAGAGGCCCACAGUCCAGAGGCAGCUGCAGCACUGCUUCUGUGCCUGCCUGCCUGCCUGCUGCUCUUUCAGGGAUUUUUGGGAUAUUUUUCCUUUGGGCAGAAGUCAGGGCUUGGUAGAAAUCCUUUAGUCGGUGAGUUAGGAAGCUCAGCACUGUUGUUCGUUUGAGUGAAGGCUAUUUACUGAGCCUGAGCUUCCUGCUUCCUCAGUGGAGAAUGGGAGACUGAAAGAGAAGCGAUGGGACAGAGGAGGUCUACUGGUAUGGGAUUAAGCUCAUAGGUAGGUUAGUACCAAAUUUCUACAUGCGAGUUUAUGGGCCCAGAUCCCAGGAGAGUCUAAGUGGGAGAAUGGUACUUAGAGAUGAAAACCUGGCCUGGCAAGAGCUAUUGGAGUAUGUGUGCAUCUGUAAGUGUGUGUGUGUACAUACAUACAUACAAACAAAUAUAUAUAUAUAUGGUUUUGUCUGUAAAUUUGCAAAUUGUUUCCUUUUAUAUAUUAUGUGUUAGAAAAAUAAAGUGUUAUUGUCCCAAAAGCUUGAUGCACUUCCCAUUCAUCAUGGAUGCUUCCAGAAUCACAGGUGUCAUCACAGGAGUGACAGGCUCUCAGAAGACUGUCCCUUUACCUCUAAAGCAUACAGAGCUGAGCCGCAUGCUGCUCAGUGCUAACUGACAGCUAUGCCCCUGUUGUGUACCCCAUCACCUGUACCACCGCCAUCGGUCUCAAAGCUGCCCUGUGUAUUAACCCCAGCCCCAGAUGAGACAGAACUCAAUUGUGCUACAACAAAAGAAAUUUUAUUUAAAAAUAUUUUUUACAGACAUGGGUGUUUGAAAAAGCUCUUUAGUUAACUGUAUGGAAAUGAAAAAAAUUAAUAAAUAACAUUAGUAUAACAGACCUCUAAUUAGUAUAACAGACCUCUACACAUCAGUACACUGGCAAAACAACAUGGACUUGAGAGAACGAGUCUUAAAGCUCCGCUACUCUGCAGGAGUAUUUACCUCUGUCUGCUCUUUAGAGAAUGAUUAAAUACUGCUAAUAGAAAUCUUUUUAUAUUAAUGACAUUUAAAAAAUAGUCCACGAGAAUCUCACCUAAGUGUGUUUUGUUUCAUAACACUGAUAUACAAAUUGGGACUCUAUUCUGGGGAAAAUAUUAAGUUCUCUCUUGCCCCACCCAAGUCAAGAAUUUUAAAAUCUUGACUGAGGAGGACCUUAAAAAGAACUGUUUCUAUCCCCCACUCUUUGUUAGCUACAGGCAGGGGAGAAAUGGGAAAGAGGAGGGUAAGGAAACUGUGGUUGAAACCUCUGACAGUAUGGAUGACAGGCUUCUGGGUUCCAUGGCCUCUCCCUGGGGGCAAUCAGACCCUGAAGGGCACCAGCCACUUAAUGCUUUAAGGAUGAAGUCUUCAAAUGAAGGGAAAGCCAAGUCUGAGGAGAGGCAGGAGGUUGAAGCUGGCUCAAGAUCCAGCAAAAGGAAAAACAACAAAUAAACUAUCUCCCCUUCCAGGAGGGUAGCCCUCAGCUCCACGUGACAGGGAACUCUUCCAGGAGGCUGCGGGAGCAGGACAUCAGGAGCAGUGGAGCGCUAACUGCUGCCUGGAACCAACCAAGCAAUGCCAGAUAAAGUGCUGCUCUUUCCCAAAGAAGCCUCAUGGCAGAGAAAGGAGACUAUAGGCACCUAUGUGCCACCUCUCCAGCCAGAUAUCCUUGUCCCCAAGACUCUAGGGCUAACGAGAUUCCAGGUAGAGGAACUCAGACUCUGGUAUUUCCAUAUUAAGUCCUAAAAUGCAGCCUGGGAUACAGCGCUGCCUUAGAAAGGCACAAAACAUUUGGCUUUUUUUUUCAGUGUGCUAAAAAUUGUUUUGUUUUGAAUAAAGGAAAAGAUAUAUAAGGUUAAAAAUCCCAAGUCAGCACAGCCAGAAAGCAGAUGGAGGAGGUACCUCACAGCUGCCGUGCCCAGCACCUCUCAGCAGAGGUCAGACUUCCCACUUAAGGGUGCUGACUAGGUCAGGAGGCGGCUCCUCUCUGUGCACUGCAGGGCAGGCUCACUAGCCCAGACAGCAGGGGAGAGGCCAAGAGAGCGUUCAGAGCCUGCAAUCCUCUUACCACUUCAAGACAGCCAAAACAUGGUCACCCUCUCCACUACUGGGUGAGAGGUAGUGGGGAAGGAGCAACAGCAACCACACACCCCACUUCUGGGCCUACGUCGGGAGGCAGUGUGAGCCUAAGGAGCUGUACACAGCAUUCAUUGUGCAAUCCUCUUCUCUGGCUUCCAUUCUGUUUUAGAGGGAAGAAAACUUGGAGGCAAUGUGGAGGUUUGCCUCUCACAUUCAGUUGUGGGACUGAACAGGACUGCAGAACCAGGUGCUCGCAACUCUUGGUUGAUUUGUUCAGCUGCCAGAUUAGUAGAUCUGAGGCUGGCGCUCAGCCUAGGUUCUGUACAACACAAGGAGUGGUCAGCCACAUUUUUCUCAAGCACUAAAACAGGGAAGACGCUGUACGAUCCCUAAGCAGCUGUUGGCUAGCAGCUGGCCCUUUCCAUGGUGUUCUUCAUCAGGCACAGAACAAUGUGUAGGCUCUCCCUUUCCUUGUUUCUCUAUUUCUUAAGUCUUGUGCUCCUUACUAGAACCAAGAAAUACUGGUACUUUCCCUUGCAAGCAUCCCAGAUCUCCUGGGACGCUGAAGGCACAUGGCACUACUAUCCCUCUCCUCCUUCAUUCAGGAGCCUAGACAUCAAAUGAGCACUCUGCUCUCGCCCUUUCCAUGAGCCUCAAUGCCUAUCUUUGGAUUAGUAGGUUACUUCUGUGUAUACCAAAUGACUUGAAUAUUUAGAAGUUAAAGCAGGGUAAGUAUGUGUGAUAUGCCUUAAAAUGCAGGGCAGGCUCUAAGAUGGGAGUCCAAAGAUCCAGGUAAGCAGAAGCAUAGCUUUACUCCCCGCCCCCCACCCCUAAAAGAAAAAUAUCCCUCAUUCUGAUGUUGAUCUUAAAAAAAAAAAAAAAAAGAAGAGAAAAAUACCCCAAGCAAACAAAACCCACCACACACUUAUUACAGGACUAGAGAAAAAGCAACCAGACAGGGAAGAUACAGGUAGCUUGUCUAAGGAGCUCACAGAACAAGCUCUAUUUGACAUUGAAAAUAUCUAUAUCCUGGCAAAUAUCCGAAGGUUCCUAGGAAAGCAGAGUUAAGUACAUCACUGCAGGCUCCCUCACAGAAAGAGAAACAAGGAGGAUGGAAAUGCAAGAGACUGGUCAAGAGCCCACAGAAUGAACAGGUAUCAGCACUAAAACCAGAAGAGGGCCAAGCCUAAAGUGGCUACAGUGGAAGCGGGAUCUGCACUCUAAGUAACAUCGAAGAAGACCCGAGGUUGAGCGGAGGCUAAGAAAUGCUACCCAAGAACAGACUAGAACAGCCUCAUGAGUGGGAAAAACAAUCUUGGGUGCCAAGACUCUACGGAGAAAAAAAGGAAGAAAUGAAGAAGCAAAAAUGAUAGUGACUCUGGGUAAGUUAAAAAUAGGUAUUUCCAGCUGGGCGGUGGUACACGCCUUUAAUCCCAGCACUCCAGAAGCAGAUCUCUGAGUUCAAGGCCAGCCUGAUCUCCAGAGCGAGUUCCAGGGUGCAUAGGGCUACACAGAGAAACCCUAUCCUCAAAAGGCCGGAAAAGGGGGGUGGGGGGGUAAGGGGGUGAUUUCUUCAACUUCACCUUUCCAGAUGAACAGCAGAACAGAAACUGUGCUUCCAGCAUGGAAGUCCCUUUGCAGAUCUCUUCUUGGAGGCUCUCAAUCUGCCACAAUCUCUCUGUUCUUCCUGUAAGGCCCAGUGCGGGUAUGAAUCUCACUGAGUGUAUUCUUUCUUAAGAACAUAACUUAAGUAUUACUGUCCUUCUGCUUGCAGCUACCUCAUGUUCCUGCCUCCAUGACCUUCCCAAAACGAAAGACUGCACCUUCAAACUACCAGACAUAAAGGAAACUACAGCGGGAGAACUCGCACUUGAGGAGAGUACCUCCACUCAUGCACCAGAUGGUGUCGCUGCUUUCCCUGUUGCUGGAAAUGAAGAGGAGAAAAUAUUCUUCAUGAACAGGCAAGACACUCAAGAGUCCAGUCUCGUAGUCACCUUGCAAUGUAUCUGAGGCUGGUCUAAAAUCCCUAAUGCUACUUCCAAAGACAGGUUCGCUCCAAGAGUUCCAGCUUGGUGAACAGAUACCCUCAGGAGAUACAGCUCAGCGCAGACUCCUCAGGGUGCCUGUUCUGACCCAUGGAAUCAUUAGGUUUAAUUUUCUCUUGUUCUUUACAAGAAUUAUUGAAUGUUUCUAAAGAACCACAUUCAUUGUAAGAAGAUCAAGUGAACUAAAGUCAAGGGUACCUAUUUUGGGGUCAUGUAUACUAAUAUGCUGUGAAGUAUACGUAGGGACUAAGUCUAAGUUUUCCAGCCAGUAAUAUACAAGAACCAAGUCUCCCAUGCAUCAAAUGGCUGUGUGUAUUCCUACAGAAGGACUGCCCGUGUGUGACUGAGAUCACAGUUGACUCCAGAUGCUUUGUGUAGUGCUAGAGUACUUCUGUUGAAUUUUGAAGCUUCAAGUGCCAGAUGAUAACGUCAGCAGUAAGGCUCUGGUACCUUUAAUAAGCUCCCCGCACUGGAAAGGCUUGUGAGGACAGAAUCCAGGCUCAGUUCCUGACCAGCUCCUGAGAAUCAGGGCCUCACCCUUUCCCAACCCCUCCACCUAUCCUAAGACAGAAUUAUGACACAGAUUGCUAAAGAGUAGAAAAGAAAUCCCAAAUUGUACGGGAGAUAGUGACAGGUCCCAGAAGGGUAAAAACAAAAACCUUUCCAACAAGAAGGACCUGGGACAAAAGCAGCUCAGUAAAAAGAUAAAGGCACUGGAUUGGAAAGCAGACUGAAGCAAAAGCUUUGCUUAAGCAUUUAGUGCUCUACUGUGCAACUCUCAGUCAGUGGAUCCUCAACCCACUGAAGAGAUUAUGAAAUUUGUAGCAAAAAAGGAUAAUCCAUGAGGUAUACACAACAGAAUCUCCCAAAUAUUAUCAAGGCUACAGAAAGACAACAGGGGUUAAUGGGAAAGUCGGGCUAAUUUGAAGCAAGACAGCGCUAUUAAGGACAAAUAACUCUAUACAAAAGAGUUGUGAAUAAACACAUGUAUAGUCAAAUGUAAAAAGAGUUAAGGACAGCCCAUGCUUAACUUCCCAACACCAGUAAACCACCAUGAGGUGGCAGGGAAGAACAGACAGCUGACAUUUCUGACACAUAGUAAUCACUCCAAUAUUUGUAGGAAUUAGAAAACGGUUAUAGCCAGGACAGUGGUUAGAAUAAUCUAUUCAGUAGAGUGAUUAUUCUAGAGUCAGAAAGGCCAAUGGAAAUAAGGAAAGUCUGAGAAGGCCUGCAGCCUUCUGAUUCUCAUGAUGUGAGGUAGAACAUUCAGCAUUAACACCAUGGCUGAUCAUCACAGAAAGACUAAAUCCUAUUAAUGGUGCCAUAAAAUGAAUACACAGCUGAUUCCUGGUUUGGUCUGCAAGCAAGUUAUAUAUAAAAAUUAACUUGUAAGAUUGCUACUUGAACCAUAAAACACAUUUUCUUUCCCACAGAGGAAAUAAAUAUUUUAAAUAUGAAGAACAGUGACUCUUAUCCAUCCCAUACCCCACAGAACAGCCAAAGGAUGCCAGCACUACUAUGACAGUACUACGUUAUCCAGUGAAGGGAUGUCUGAAAAUUGAAAGAGAAAGACAAAAUGGCAGAGUAUGCAGGAAGGGGCUGGAGGAGGAAGAGGGGAAGAAGUGAAAGAGAAUGGUCAGCCAGGGUCAAUUCACUGCUUAAAUAAAUACUAACAUACAAAGGCUGAGGUCAAGAGCUGCCCAGUCUGCUAACUAGGAGGUAUAUUUCAGAACCCACAGGAUUUUAAAAACAUUGUAAGAACUUUUCACUUUAGAAGAACAGUGGGAGGGCAGUUAGAGGAGUCUAGUCCUGGGGCUGAACUAGAAAAGUCUUCCCUUGAGUCCUGGCGAGACAGUGAUCCAUCAAUAAAGUGGCAUGCAAAGCAAUUUAGAAAGACACAGAAAAAGCAAUGGUCUCUGUUGAAUAAAAUAGCCUAAGGAGGUUGAGGAAUAGGAAAACGUUAAAGCUGUUUUCGUAAUUGUAACAUAGAGCAGAAAAAGAGGAUGGGCUUGC